AGUCUCUGCCCUACUGCUAGUCUGAGGCCGUCGGCUUCCUCUGAAGCACUUGGCUGUCCAUAAACUGCUAAAUGUCUAGUCUAUUUUUCCACAUUUUGUGCAGAUAACAGGAACAUAUACAUUGUUCAAGGACAGAGGGAUAAUUGCGGAUUGGAAAAACCGAGCAACACCCUUCUGUCGGACUUACAUCGACGCUGUGGCACGUUUGUUCAGUACAUUAGCACCAGAAGCUAGCGGUUGAUCAGUGGAGGCAACGGUGCUCCGGCGGCCCGAGCUGAUUUAACUGUGUUCCACAUGGACGGCAAGAGUGUGAGCAUCUAGUCGACACUUGGUCUCAUGGCUCCACUCUCGCCUUGACCUCUUGGUUUAACCAGGAUCCAAAAUGAGCAUUAGCAGUGAUGAGGUCAAUUUCCUGGUGUACAGAUACCUGCAGGAGUCAGGCUUCUCCCACUCAGCAUUUACCUUUGGCAUAGAGAGCCACAUAAGCCAGUCUAACAUCAACGGAGCUCUGGUGCCCCCUGCUGCUCUCAUCUCCGUCAUCCAGAAGGGCCUGCAGUAUGUGGAGGCUGAAGUCAGCAUCAAUGAGGACGGUACCCUGUUUGACGGACGGCCUAUCGAGUCUCUGUCCUUGAUUGACGCUGUGAUGCCAGAUGUGGUGCAGACGAGGCAGCAGGUGUAUAAAGAUAAGCUGGCUCAGCAGCAGGCUGCCGCCUCCAGCGCCUCAGCUCCCAAGAAUGGAGAGAACACGGCUAAUGGAGAGGAGAACGGCGCGCACACGCUGUCCAAUCACCAUUCAGACAUGAUGGAGGUGGACAGGGUGGUGGAGAUCCCAGCCAGUAAAGCCAUGGUGCUGCGGGGCCACGAGUCUGAGGUCUUCAUCUGUGCUUGGAACCCUGUCAGUGAUCUGCUGGCCUCUGGUUCUGGAGACUCAACCGCUCGGAUCUGGAACCUGAGCGAGAGCAGCGCAGGAGGAUCCACUCAGCUGGUUCUGCGGCACUGUAUCCGGGAAGGGGGGCAGGAUGUGCCCAGUAACAAAGACGUCACCUCACUGGACUGGAAUAGUGAAGGUACACUUCUAGCCACAGGAUCCUAUGAUGGCUUUGCCCGAAUAUGGACUAAAGAUGGUAAUCUCGCCAGUACACUGGGGCAGCACAAGGGUCCUAUAUUUGCUUUAAAGUGGAACAAGAAAGGAAACUUUAUACUCAGUGCUGGUGUUGACAAGACCACCAUCAUUUGGGAUGCACACACAGGAGAAGCCAAACAGCAAUUUCCAUUCCAUUCAGCUCCAGCUCUGGAUGUGGACUGGCAAAGCAACAACACGUUUGCCUCCUGCAGCACAGACAUGUGUAUUCAUGUGUGUAAACUGGGCCAAGACCGACCAGUCAAGACAUUCCAGGGCCACACAAACGAAGUCAAUGCAAUCAAAUGGGAUCCAACAGGGAAUCUCCUGGCGUCCUGCUCUGAUGACAUGACGCUAAAGCUUUGGAGCAUGAAACAGGACACUUGUGUUCAUGACCUACAAGCCCACAGUAAGGAGAUCUACACCAUCAAAUGGAGCCCUACUGGACCUGGAACCAACAACCCCAACGCCAACCUCAUGCUGGCUAGUGCAUCGUUCGACUCAACGGUGCGUCUGUGGGACGCAGAGCGUGGUGCCUGCAUCCACACGCUGACCAAACACCAGGAGCCCGUCUACAGUGUGGCCUUCAGCCCAGACGGACGACACCUGGCAAGUGGUUCCUUCGACAAGUGCGUCCACAUCUGGAACACGCAGAGCGGUGCUUUAGUCAACAGCUACAGAGGGACAGGGGGCAUUUUUGAAGUAUGCUGGAACUCCACUGGGGACAAAGUGGGUGCAAGCGCAUCAGAUGGCUCGGUUUGUGUAUUAGACCUAAGGAAAUGAUGUUGCCAUUGGGAAGCCAUGGACCGACUACGAAUGUGUGCAUAGCCAAAUUUAUCGACUGUCCCUGGCCUAUUAUUCACUGCUGUAGUCCUCGUGGGAGAUCCCAGACCACAGCCUGGACUAACAGUCUGUCAACCCCAUCAUAACACACAGCCUCCCAGAGUGGAACCAUGAUGCUUACAACACGAAAUCAGUGCGAUCAAGGACUGUUAUAUACAGACAUGCUUAACCCCACACACACAGCAUCCUUCGUUCCCACGAUCAUCAUUCCAGACGCCGGAGGUCUGAGGUCCACGCUGCCGUCGUGUGCAUAUUGUACACGUUUAGCGCUCCAUGGACGGUUUUUAUAUUUCGUUAGGUGUCAUUUGCAUGAGCUAAAGAGAUGUGCUGUUCAACAUGGCGAGUACAUGGUCGUAUGACAUUGACAAUUCAGAGUAUUGGCACUGUAUGUUUGUUUAGUGGCUCUGAGACUUUUUGGAACUGUUCUUUAAAAGAAAAAUGCUCAAGGAUUUUUUUGCCAAAUUUUGAGAGAUAAUUUGAUUCUCUUUUUUUUUAAUACAGAGGAAUAACAAAGUACAGAAAGCCUAUUAAAUUACGUAGAUAUAUUUUCUAAAAUGAAUGCCCUGUGUUAUUUUGUACAACCUAUGCAACUUUAUGGUAAGACAAAACUGAACGUUCAGUGCAUGAAUGGGUGAAACACGUUCAUUGGGUUAUUAAGUCUACGGGCUCCAUUGGUUAAGCGUGGACAUUGAAACGGUGAUAGGCCCACCCUAAAAUCGUAACGGCACAUUUACCAUUACAGAAACGAUAGCUAGUUGUGGUUCCUUUUUUUAGGUGGAUUAGGGUGGGUAUGCCAUAAUCCUCACACCAUCCUCAUGAGAUGUGUAGAAUGCUUAACAUGGAAAGUUUAACUUGACUCUUUUAAUUUAACAUGAUCACAAAUGUUUCUGCUCCUUCGAGAAAGACCUUGUAGAACAUGCUACAGCUUUCUCUACUUAAUUAUUCUUUCUUUAUAGCUUCAUCUGUCAUUUUCUGCUUUUCUAUAGUGGUCUACGCUCCAAAUGAUCAUUCAGUCUGAUCAGUACUGCAGUGAAUUGGUAUACGUGUGACUGUAACAACCUUGAUCUUUAUGGCUUCAUGUGAGUUGAGAAACUAAUGCAGCAUAGAGUGACAGAAUCAUGGGACUGUUCAGUUUUCAUUCAGUCAUGGCACGGAAGUGGACAACCCAUUUGAAAGUCCAAAGUCAGGUCAUGGUGGUGUUGCUUUGGCUUGUGUAUCUCUCUAUUUUUGUGUUCUGUUUUGUCUUUUUGAAAAAUGACAUUAUUAUUGCUCAGUGAAUGUGAAGGUAUGGAUGUAAAUGCACAGACUGACAUGGAUAAACUUUUGUUUCCACAGGAAUUUUCUUUUAAAUGCUACUGUUCUAAAAGGAUGGAUUUUAAAGUAAACUUUCGGUUAAUGUUUUGGAUUUAUCUCAAGCCUGGUUUCUUCAGGGUACGUUGGUUAAGUGUUCCGUUUAGCUGUCACGUGUCUUUAUAAAAUACCAUUAGACGGUCAUAGUGUUUUCCAAUACAUUCGUAUCACCUACACAGACAUACUCCCAUCAAAUACAAUGAGCACUUAAAACAUUUGUAUCUUUUGAACUGAAAUUAAUUACUUUGAGUGGUAUUAAACAUUUACUUGAAAAUUAACCAGAUUAUCUAGAAAUUGUAGAGGACAAGGUGACUGGUUUCAACUAAUGUAACUUUGUUUUUUGUAAAAAAAAUAAAGCCCAGAAUGCUUACAAAUGCCCUUCUCUCCCAAUGGAUAAAUUAAAAUGUAUUUUUUCGCUUUUUUUUUAAGGAGACAAGAAUGUUAAAACUUGUUUCAAUACAACCAACGAGCAGCUUGUAGGCUAUUUAUCAUAUUGUCUAUGACAGUGGAAUGGUAUUUUAUAAUGUUUUAACUUGAAUUGAUGUGAACAGAUGACUUUACAGUGUGCGGUGAGAGCAUUUGUUUCUUUUGGUUCGAAUGCCCAGCACUCUAUGGCCCUUUGAAAUUUUGUACUUUAAAAUCUUUUGUAAUUCUACAUUGUUAUGAGCUCUAAGCAACAGUACGUACAUGGCCAUAUUGAAACAUCUUGGACCAUUUAAGUACUUUCUCAGUGAUCGUCUCACUUAGGUACUUUACUAUACUUUAACUUGCUAUAUGGUUUAGUUUGGUUCUUCUCCUGUUUCGCUCAUUCUCUAGCAGAAAUCAUUACUGGGAUGUUGAUUUGUCUAUUGUGAUUUGAGUCCAAUCGAAUGAAAAGUUCAGAAUAAAAUAUAUUUUGAUAAUAUUGUUGGCUUGCUGCUGGCAUGUCUUCAUAUUUCUAAUGCAGAAACAAUGCCCCGUGUGGCAUCAAGUGUGUGACACUGACUUUUGGUGAGACAUACCAACCCACAUCACAACUGAGUACUGAAAAACCAUUUAACGCACAUCAGGAUGGUGAGUACGAUGCUUCUAAAACCUCCAGUAUUUUGUUUUAUACAAUGUAAUAAAUAAUGCUAUACUUUUUACUUUCCCCGUUUUUCAAGGGAGAAAGAUCACAUAAGCAGUCCAAUUAGUCUUUCUAAAUGAAUUGUAAUAUGGUUGCCACCUUGUGUGCACACCCUUCAUCUAAGUCAACUGUAUGAUUGUAACAUUUUUAAU